AUGGCCAAGAUCUCCCGUGGUGCCCCUGGUGGCAAGCUCAAGAUGACCCUCGGUCUCCCUGUCGGUGCCGUCAUGAACUGCGCCGACAACUCCGGUGCCCGCAACCUGUACAUCAUUGCCGUCAAGGGCAUCGGCGCCCGCCUGAACCGCCUGCCCGCCGGCGGCGUUGGCGACAUGGUCGUCGCGACCGUCAAGAAGGGCAAGCCCGAGCUCCGCAAGAAGGUCCACCCCGCCGUCAUCGUCCGCCAGGCCAAGCCCUGGAAGCGCUUCGACGGCGUCUUCCUCUACUUUGAGGACAACGCCGGCGUCAUCGUCAACCCCAAGGGCGAGAUGAAGGGCUCCGCCAUCACCGGCCCCGUCGGCAAGGAGGCCGCUGAGCUGUGGCCCCGUAUUGCCUCCAACUCUGGCGUCGUCAUGUAA